AGACGACGAAACCGAACAGCAGUUUCCCUCACCUCGCCAGAGGUCAAACGCGCAGUGAUUGCACUUCUGCACUCCGCGCGGGCAGAAAAUCACUGACCGAAGAGCACAACCACGCUUUGGCAUUCCUUAAGCGGCGUUGCAAGCAGAUCAGCACUCUGUCGAUCGAUUUGCAAAUUGCUCUGUAUAAAAGCUUUGUUAUUCAGUAGGAAUACUAUCAGUCGUGCGUGUUGGUUGCAGUCUAGAACAAUCGUGCAACAGUAAAAAAAAAAGACGAUGCUUAAGAUUGCAGCAGUGUUAAUCCUGCUGACGGUAAUCGCCUGUCAAGCUGCUCCCCAGGAACGAUGGCGCACUCGGUUGGAGCGGGUUAAAGGACCCCAGGCAGAGUGGGAUCUCGUUCGGGGCACGACACCACGGGGUCGACCGCAGCAGGAGGAACGCCGUACGACAAUCCAACAACGGAAGCAACAGGCAGGUGGCGGAGAAAGUGUCGUGGAUAGACAACUGGAACAGCAACGUCGUCGAUUGGAAGCCGAAGCUGAGGAAGAGGAAGCUUUUGAUGAGGCGGAACCGGGCGAGGAAGAACAAUCGCAACAAACAACACAGGAUGGUGAGGGUGAAAUGGAUGAUGCAGCUGAACUGGAAAGUGAUGACGAAAGUGAAACUCAAGAAGAAGCUGGUGAAGGUGAAGCAGAAGACGAACAACAGAGUGAGGAAGAAGAAGAGAAAAACUCGGCAGCUGGGCAACGGGGUGAUGAGCGAAGAGGGCAACAAGCUGAACGUGCGGGACAACGAGGUGGUACACGAUCGAGAGAGAGACAGAAUGGCCGUCAGAAUGGAGAACGGAACGGUCGACGAGAACAAAAUUUUCCCCAAAGCCACAUACAAAGAGGUAUACUCAAGCGCAAGGGUGAACAGCGUAGUCAACAAGGAGGAGAGCAACGAGCUUCGGAAGGAGAAGAACGGAGCGGUCAGCAAGAAGGAGAACAGCGAGGUCAACAAAGAGGGAAGCAAAGUGGCGCACGUGAGAAUGAAGUACGUAACCAACGAGUACGGGAACGACAAGGGCAACAGAGAGGAGGAGAGCAAGUCGGAGAACAGCGCAAUCAACGAACGGAAGGGCAAAGACAGCAAUCAGAACGAGUUGGACAACAAACCAGCCAGCGAAACCGAAAUGAACAACGAAGAAAUGAACAGGGAAGACAACGUGCUGAAAACCAAACUGGGGAGCAACUUGCUGCUGAACGACGAGGUCAAGCAGCAGAGAAUCAAGCUGCUCAACAAACCAAUGAGUCAAAUAAUCCAGAACAACAACAAGAAGGAGAAGGAGAAGGAGAAGCAGAAACUGUCGGAGAAGUAGAACAACAACAACAACAAAAUGGCCAAGAAGCUGAACAGAUUAGUGAACGAGAAGGUGAAAGUAAUCAACAAGACGAAGGUAAAGCUGCCCUACCCAACUAUGAAUUUGCGUACGGUGUUUUCGAUCCUGUAACCGGAGAUCACAAGGAUCAGUGGGAAAAGCGGGUCGGUGAUCACGUCAAGGGCAUCUAUUCCCUAGAUCAGCCGGACGGAAAAAGACGCGUUGUGAAAUACGAGGGUAACGGGAAGAGCGGAAUCGCAGCCACCGUCACACAGAUUGAAAAGAAAAAAGGAUCCCGACGAGAAAACGGGAGCCGCCGGGAACAACUGAAUGGCAUUGCGCACAGUUUCAGUGCAAUCAAAAAAAUCGAACAAUGAAAGCGAAAAACCAUCACGAAAAAAAAAUCCCGCU